CACGAUUUUCUACCCAAAAGUGAUGCGAGGGCUCUCCAUUUCUCUCUCUACCUUUUUCGAUUUUGUUCUUAUAAUAUUUUCUCAUUUAUUGAAUAUUGUUUUCGAUUGUGCGUCUUCUUUGCUCGAAGCUACUUUUUAAUUUUCUCUGUCAUUUCUCAUCUUUUGUUAUCAAUCAAGCGCUUCUUUUCGUUCUAACUUGCUUUUCUCAAAUGAAAGGUGAUCAUCGUGCUCCAAGUACUUUUCCGGUUCAAUGUUCUACUCUCCAGAUCAACGGUUAUGCUAUGAUUAAAAAACGACCAUGUAAACUCUCGGAAGUGAGUGCAUCCGAGACUGACGGAAAGGUUCAUCUUGUCGGAACGGAUAUUUUCACGAACAAAAAGUAUGAAGAUUCCCUUCAACCCUCUGAUAACAUUGAAGUUCCAAUGGUUAAACUUAACGAUUAUCAACUGCUUGAUAUCGAGGAUAACUUGUGUUCGAUGAUAAGUCAGAUGAGAAGUGUGAAAAGCAAUUUACGAUUACCCGAAGGGGAACUUGGUACCAAAAUCGCAACGGAGUUCGAAAAAUCUAAAAAAAUCAUUGUCACUGUUAUAAGCGCUGCUGGUGAAGAAGCGAUUAGUGAUUUCAAGAUAAUCGACGGUUAAUUAGAACUUUUUAUAAAAAUGAUCGAAUAGUUUUCCCGAAGACAACCUCUACUUUAGAUGCUUGGAACGGUCGUUGUGCGAUUCAAUGUCUCAUAACUUAUGAAUACAAUUGGCCUGAAUAUGUUUUCGAAAUAAUAUAUCGAAAUUGUUUCGAUUCGAUUUAGAUUCUUGGUUCUAUCUAUUCUUACCCUGAUGGCAGAAACUUUUUUCAUGACAAUUUCUUACGCUGAAUCAUUCACAGUCUCAAAACACAGAAAAAAUAUCUCCUCAUUAUACAUUUUCUUUGAUUAAACUGAUAAAAAUAAAUUACUUAUCUUUACUUUAA